AUGAAUAAAGACACCGAGAAGGCAGUCGAGCCUGUCGAUUCAGCGUCCGUCCAGUUUAUGACCGAUGCUCCAAAAAAUGGGGCAAUCUCAGAAGCUAUCAAAAGCAAUUUGAGUAACUGGAGCAUCCUGGCAAUAGGCUACAAUACGUCUAGUAGCUGGAUUGGCCUUGCCAUCAGCAUGACGGUUGCUAUUGCCUCUGGAGGCUCCGUUACGCUUAUUUAUGGGGUCAUUAUUGUUUAUGUUAUUAUGUUUUUUGUUGGGCUUACAUUGGCCGAAUUGGCAACGGUGUACCCGACAGCAGGUGGACAAUACCACUUUACAUCCAUCUUAGCACCAACACGUUGGAGCCGAUCCAUUUCCUAUUGCUGCGGUCUUGCGACGGCAUUUGCUUGGAUGGCACAAGCUGCUAACAUAUGCCUAUUCAUCGCACAGAACUUAUUUGCCGUCAUUAUGCGUUGGCAAGGCACCUUCGAACCUCAUGCGUGGCAAUACUUUCUGGUAUUCGAAUUAGUAAACAUUGUGAUGGUUAUCUACAACAUCUUCCUGACUGGCCGAAUGAUGUGGCUAAAUAAUCUGGGAGCUGUUCUGUCCCUUCUCUGCUACCUCAUCCUCACCAUUUUGUGUCCAGUAAUCUCCCCCAGCCGAGCAACCUCCCAAGAUGUUUGGAACAGUUUUCUUAACACCUCUGGUGGCUGGCCUAACGGGAUCUUCUUCUUGAUCGGUCUGUCAACGCCGCAAUUCUCCAUUAUGGCCCUGGAUGCAACCCUUCACAUGGCAGAAGAGACCUCGCAGCCCAAAAGAGACAUCCCGAAGGCUGUCGUAGCCACCGUACUUAUCGGAUUUUUUACCGGAUUUACAUUUGUUGUCGCCCUAUGUUACAGCUUUCCGAAUAUGCAAGAUGCCCUGCAGUCGCCGUACGUCCCCUCCGUUCACUGUUCGAAGCAAGAUAGGGAAAGGAAUUUGCUAACUCGAUUACGUAGAUCACCGAUAUUUUACAUUUUGGAAAUCACAUUAGGCUCCCCGGCUGGGGCCACUGUCCUCUUGGUGUUCUUCCUGUAUCUGGGAUUCGUGGUCUUGAAUGCGACUCAUCAGACUGCUUCCCGAGUGACCUGGGCCUUUGCGCGAGACAAUGGGUUGAUCAAGUCCUCUAAGUUGGCUACCUUUCAUCCCAACUUGCAUGUCCCUGUGUACGCCCUGCUCGUUAAUGGUUUACUCGUGGGUCUGCUCGGAGUCAUAUACCUCAUUUCUUCAUCAGUUUUUAAUUCCUUGCUGGGGUCUGCCACAAUUGUUUUCCAGUUCACCUUCGCGGUUCCGGCCGCAUUGUUAAUCCUGCGAAGACGCUCGGCAAUGUAUCUUCCAACUGAUCGCUACUUUCGUCUUCCUCACUUCCUUGGAUACACGGCCAACUUCAUUACAGUCGCAUGGGCUAUCAUUAUCCUAAUUCUUUUCUGUUUCCCGGUGUCUUUCCCAGUUACUGCAUCCAAUAUGAAUUACGCUUCAGCAGUGCUCGCUGUCAUGGUCGCCUUGGGUAUAAUCAAUUGGAUAUUCUACACACGGAAACAUUACCAGGGGCCGCGUCCUGAUUCUCGUUAUUAA